UGUCACCAGUGAGUCUUGUGACACUGAAGUAGGGCACACAGCACAGCAGCCUCGCAGCCCUGACCAUGUCUGGCACACGGUCCUCCAAUGACCGCAGCACUGCAGGGGGGCACAAGAGACCCCGACAUGAUGUGGGCAACAAAGUGAUUGUUGUCUUGGGGGCACAAUGGGGGGACGAAGGAAAAGGCAAAGUGGUGGAUCUGCUGGCUACAGAUGCUGAUAUUAUCUGCAGGUGUCAGGGAGGAAACAAUGCAGGACACACUGUUGUGGUAGAAGGAAAAGAAUAUGAUUUCCAUCUCCUUCCAAGUGGCAUUAUUAAUCCCAAAGCAAUUUCCCUUAUUGGUAAUGGGGUUGUCAUACAUCUGCCGGGACUGUUUGAGGAGGCGGAAAAAAACGAAAAAAAAGGUUUAAAAGACUGGGAAAAAAGACUGAUUAUAUCUGACCGAGCUCAUAUUGUCUGUGACUUUCACCAGGCAGUUGAUGGUCUCCAAGAAGUCCAGAGACAAGCUCAAGAUGGGAAAAACAUAGGCACUACGAAGAAAGGAAUAGGACCAACAUACUCAUCAAAAGCAUCACGCACCGGUCUCCGAGUUUGUGACCUUCUUUCAGAUUUUGAUGAGUUUUCUUCCAGGUUUAAAAACCUGGCACAUCAGCAUAAGUCAAUGUUUCCAAACUUGGAGGUCGAUACAGAAGGGCAGCUGAAGAAACUGAAGAUGUACGCUGAAAAAAUACGGCCAAUGGUUCGAGAUGGUGUAUACUUCAUGUAUGAGGCUCUUCAUGGCUCUCCAAAGAAGAUUUUGGUGGAAGGAGCUAAUGCUGCACUUCUUGACAUUGACUUUGGUACAUACCCUUAUGUGACCUCAUCAAAUUGUACAGUAGGAGGUGUCUGCACCGGACUUGGAAUCCCUCCUCAGAAUGUUGGGGAGGUAUAUGGUGUGGUUAAAGCGUAUACCACUAGAGUGGGCAUAGGAGCCUUCCCAACAGAACAGAUAAAUGAAAUUGGUAACAUUCUUCAGACACGUGGUCAUGAAUGGGGAGUAACCACAGGUCGGAAAAGGAGAUGUGGCUGGUUAGACCUGAUCAUUUUGAGAUAUGCCCACAUGAUCAAUGGUUUCACUGCCUUGGCACUUACAAAAUUGGAUAUUUUAGACUCUCUGGAUGAGAUUAAAGUUGGUGUAGCAUACAGACUCAAUGGAAAGAGAAUCCCAUACUUUCCAGCCAAUCAAGAAAUUUUACAGAAGGUAGAAGUGGAAUAUGAAGUGAUGCCAGGCUGGAAGAGUGACACCACAUGUGCCAGGAAAUGGGAAGAACUUCCUGCCAAGGCACAGAACUAUAUCAGAUUUGUGGAGAAUCACAUUGGAGUGCCUGUUAAAUGGGUUGGCGUUGGAAAAUCAAGAGAGUCUAUGAUUGAGCUGUUCUAGAGUUCAGUACGUCAGAUGCCCUCACGCUGAUACCAGCACCACACACUGGCAGCAUCGAUAGAGAAUAAUGUGCACUACAGUGUAUUGUGGACCUGCUUUGUUAAAAUUUGUGACACCUAUCUACACCUAUCAAAAUAAAAGCAGUUUGCAAUA